AUUAACCCACACUUUAGCCGUCACAAACCCUAACAUUCUUUCAAUUUUCUUCGAGAGAGUUCCGAGCUCCUGAAGCAGCCGGCGAUGUCGCACUUCGGCAGAUCUGGCCCUCCGGAUAUCACAGAUACAUUCUCCCUCCUAGUUCUCAACAUCACUUUCCGUACCACCGCCGAUGAUUUGUAUCCCCUCUUCGAUAGGCAUGGUAAAGUGGUGGACGUCUUCAUCCCAAGAGACCGAAGGACUGGGGACUCGAGGGGUUUUGCUUUUGUUAGGUACAAAUACCAGGAUGAAGCCCAAAAGGCGGUAGAGAAACUUGAUGGGAAGCUUGUUGAUGGAAGAGAAAUAAUGGUCCAGUUUGCAAAGUAUGGACCCAAUGCUGAAAGGAUUCACAAGGGAAGAAUUGAAGAGCCUGUAUUCAAGACACGAGGACGGUCACGGAGCUUCAGUCCCAAGCCAAGGUACAAAGAUCACCAUAGCAGUGGGCGGGAUUAUAGGAGGAGAAGCAGGAGUCGGAGUAGAGGAAGGUAUGAGCGUGAUCGUUACCGUGGUAGGGAAAGAGACUAUCAUUACCGCAGCCGAAGCCGCAGCGCUAGUCCUGAUAAUCGCAAAUAUCGUGGUAGAGGAAAAUAUGAUGAUGAGAGGCGCAGUAUGACUCCUUCUGACAGAAGUGUCUCUCCGGUUAGGCGUAGCCUAAGUCCAAGGAGGAGUCCAUCUCCCAGGAUCUCUCCAAAGGAAAGAAGCCCAAUUGCAGCGAAUCACAAUGAACGUUCUCUCACUCCAAAAAGUGUGUCACCCCGUGGACGUCGGGCUGAUUCUCGUAGUCCAUCUCCUCGUUAUGAAGCUGAUGAAUGAGAAAUGGAAGUCUAGUUGAUGGUUCUCCCCACACAGAUGUUGGUUCUGCCCCAGUCUCAUUAUUGUAGAAGUGGGCACUCUCUCAGACCAUCACCACCACCAUUUAGUGCUUUCUAGAAUUUGUUUGCCGAACUUUAUUUUGGAAGGUUUAACUCUAUUAUUGUACUUGAUGCGUUUCAAUACUGUCCUUACAAAACAUGCAUACUUUUCCGUGGAUUGGGGACUAGUUUUGUCUGCCUUUAAUGUAGAGUUGUGGCUACAUCAUUACUACUUCUUUUAAAAGUAAUAUAUGCAGUCUAAAUUUUGCCUGGGUGUGUUUGGGAGGGGAUAUGAGUUCUCUUGAGUAAUCAUUAACUAUCUGCUGGUCUUAAAUAGUUAUGUGCGGAGGUGUUGAUGUGGCUGACUGGCAAGACGAAGUAGCAGUAGCAUGUUGGUGCUGUUUUUACUUUGCUGUUGGUUAGCAUGUUUUUUGUUGCUGGCAAACUCCCACUAAUCAACUUUACUCGCUUGCCAGGGAUGGUAAGGAUUUGCAACUUGCUGACUUCAACUAGGGAUUAGUUCUUUUUAAUUGCAAAUGGAAUUAAAUAUUGGCUAUGAUUUUACUUCCUUAAGUGGUUGGAUGAGGGUUGUACUGUUCAACUCUUAAUUUUAUGCUAUAAAUAAGUGCAGUAGGGUAAAAAUAAUUCUAAUGGUAGUUGUACUAUGUUACAGCAUGAGUUCGCGGCUGUAGCUGUGAUGUGAUAGUAGCUGAUGUGUCUUGUAGAUUGAUUGUUGGUUGCUGAAAUGCUGUUUACCCUCCCUUGCUGCCUACUAGCUAUAUGCAGCAAUCUGAUGGUCCACUUUUUUUUUGCGGUUGAUGAUAUGGUUUGGUUGAUAUGGGGUUGAUUGUUGCUGAAAUGCUUUGCUGCCCAAUCCCGUGGAUUCUUCACCAUGUUUUGCAGGCCUUAGUUUUUAUUUAGGACGUGAGUUAUGAGUAGGUGAACUCUUGAUAUGAAGAUAAGACAUUACUAGGUGAAAAUGACUUAAAACUGUUCAAUAUUCAUUCAUACCUAAAAUUGCAAUCGUUACCAAAGUUCCUAGGAUUUGUUGACAAGGUCUACUGAUUUGUUUAUUUUCCGGUAGAGCUUAAAUAUCACAAUGUCAUCUUGCUUGUAGGAGAUCUGUAAAAUAUUGGUAAAUGUGCUUUGUCUUGAAUGUGUGCAUAUACAUGGACAUUAGGACAUAAAUAUAAUAUAGUAUAUGGUUAGUUCUAAUAGGAAGACAUUUAUGAGAAGACAUCUGUUAUUCAAUGCACAUUUAUCCGUAGAAAAGCCCGAGUGAAUUAUGAAAUGACAUCAUGUCACAUUGUCACGUGUCAUUUUUGAACAUUUUUUGCAUUCUUCGGCUUCAUUUACUAACCUACAAAUUAAUCCUAGCCAUUCAUUUAGACUAUACAGUGUGCUUCAUUUUAGAUUAGAUAGUUAUAACUCUUUCACAAUGAUUUUCACAUUUAUAAGUCGUGUGCUUCAUUUUAGAUUUUAAUUGAUUCUCCAUCUUUAUCUCAAUCUCCAUCUUUAUCUCAAUCUCCAUCUCAAAUUUAAUAGAACUGAAUUUGACUAGUGUUCAUUAAUUCAAAUGCCAUGGAUUUUGGCACCACCACGGAGGCACGGAAUCCAGAUUUUUUCCCAUAUCAAUUCAUCAAUUACUGUUUACGCAAAGUUUUUGUAGUUUUAGUUUCUAAAAAUUAGUGUAUGUGAAGAUGUUUUGAUGUCAAUUCAUGCAAUUUCGUAUUUACAUGAAGGUUGUAUACCUUUAGCAUGUAAAAUAUACGGAGUAGUAGAGUAGUAUUUUUGUCAUUUAGAGAUUUUUUUUAUCUACCAGACCUCAUGAUUUUCAUAUGCAUGUCACUUUCAUAUGCAUGUCACUUGAGUUUAGAAUUUCCAUAUGAUGUCAUGAUUAGGAAUGGAUUUGGGCCGGGUCGGGCCGCCGGUUCGUAUCAGAUGGGCCCGGGACCGGCCCGAGGGUUGGAUGGGUCCGGUUCGGGCAGGGCCACCCGCCCGGGUCAUGGGUCGGGCCACCCGUCGGGCCGGGCCGGUUAAAUAUUUUUUUUUUAAUUUAUAUUUUAUACUUUAUAGUUUUAUAAAAGUAUUAAAAACAAACUUUAAGUGCAUUUAUUUGAAAUGAAAUAGGAACUACAUUUGAAAAUUAAAUAGGAACUAUAAUUGUUUUUAAUCGGAAUCUCCGGCAUAGGUAGAGUCACCCUCUGUAGAUUCAUCCAUAAAGUGUUGGGAUGGAGUGAUGUCAAUUUUUUGAGCUCUACGUGCUUUCAACCAAUCAUGGUAGCAUCUAAGCAUCUCAAGAGAUUCAGCGCUCAACCUCGUUCUGGUUUAUGUUAGAACAUUGCCGGCCGAACUAAAUUCUUGUUCCACGGCAACCGUUGAAAUCGGCAUUGAUAGCACUUGCUUAGUCAUCUUUGCUAAAAUCGGGAAUAUUCUUUCUUUUCCCUUCCACCAGUUUAGUACGUCUAAAUCAUCAUCUUCUUCAAAAUCAACAUCAUAAGUUAAAUACAAAGAAAUCUCAUUAAUUGUGCUUUGUUGUGUAGCGGGAGUUGAUUUUGUUUUUUUAAUAAGAUUGACAAACGUAGAUUUGAAAAUUGAUUUUCCUUUAGAUGAUGUUUGUGUCGGGGGAGGGGGCGCAUUGCCAUAUUGUGCAUGAAACUCAUUGAAUAAUGCAUAAAAUAUAUCACUAACCUCGUUGUAUUCUUUUUUCGGAUCAAUUGGGUUGUCCUCAUACAUUGGCAAUGGACCAAAAAAAGCAGCAUAAUAAUAAAUCAAACAUUCUUCUAAAGAAUCAAGUCUAAAACGAGGAUCGAGAACAAAUGCAAUACCAUAAAUAUGCGGAAUAUGUGAAUAAUAUUUUAAAAACUUUUCCUUCGUAAAACCAGCAAAAUAACUCACAUAAUCAGCAUUCUCAAAAUUUGAAAAAGCACCGGUGAGAUUAACAGCUUCACGAAUAAAUUGGUUUGAGGUAGGUUUAUAAACAUGACUAAAAGUUUCAGUUGCAUUAUUAAAAUAUAUCAAAGCAUUACAAAUUUUUUCACAGGUGUCGAUCUCAGUCGAGUUUAUAAUAUAGUUAUCAUAUUGUUUCAUAAAAGCAGGAAAAUGUUGUUUAUAUCUAAGAAGAACUCCAAUUAACUUAUAGGUACUAUUCUAACGAAUAGACAAAUCUUUUGAAAAAGCCAUAUAUGUCUCACCUCUUUCUAUCAAAUAAUCAUGCCAUUUUUUCCUAAGGUGUCCAUUACUCCAAAUACGUCUAAUCCCCCCCUUGACUACCUCCAACGAUGCUCCCAACGCUUUUAGACCAUCUUGCACACAUAAAUUUAGAACAUGACAUGCACAUCGUUGAUGAAAAAAUCUACCCAUCAAAGAAGUAGAACCACACAAUUCACGCAAUCUAGGAAUAGCAGCAGUAUUAUUAGUAGCAUGAUCAAAACCAAUAGCAAACACCUUAUCAAUUAAAUUAUACUCAAUUAAAAUACGUUCAAUCAAAAUAUAAAUAUGUUCAGCGGUGUGACGAUCAUUAAAUUCACGGAAAGCAAGAACACGUUUAUGCACAUGCCAAUCAUUAUCAAUAUAAUGUACAGUCAGACCCAAAUAAUGUAAAUUAUGAUAAGUAUCCUCCCAUAUGUCAGAAUGUAGCAAUUAAUAAAAAAUUGUAAAAAACUAAUUAACUAUUUAUCUAACUAUUAAACAAGAGUCAAAUGUAGCAAAUUAACUAGUAAUUAAACAAGUGUAAAUAAUAGAAUAAUUUCGUACCUCUUUCGGACUUUCGGUCUUUCGGAUGAAAGCAAUAGAAUGACUUCAAAUUAAUUAGAUAUAAUUCCAACUAUAUUAAUAGAUAUAAUAAAUAUAUAAGUAAUAUAUAAUUAGAUAACAAAUAUAAGUAAUAUAAUACUAUUUAUAUCUAUUUAUAGUUUAUAUAAGUAGAUAAUUAAUAUAAACUAUAAAUAAUAAAUAUAAUAUAUUAGAGAAUGGAGAAUAAGAGAAUUAGAGAGUAGAGAGUUAAGAAUAAGAUUUAGGAAGAAUUGGAGAAGAGAUAUGAAAAAAUGUUUAAGAUUAGGAGUAUUUAUA